AUGCCUGAGGCAUCAACUCUCUACUACACAAACAUCACUGUCCAAUCACAUGAUGCUUACUCCCACUCCGAGACACCAAGGUUAACUGUGCUCCUCAGUUCUGUCGUCCUCGCUCAACAUUUGAUACCCGUCUGGAUGUCUAUUGCAACACUUCCAACAGAGCUCGUAUGUGAUAUCUGCAGAUAUCUGGAGCUGCACGACUGGAUUGCGUUUCGAACUACCUGCCAAGCAGUAUACACGAAGUCGCUGGAUGCUUUCGCAGACCGGUAUUGCAAAAGUAUCGGCUUGAUCCUCACCAGCCACAGUCUCCGUCGAUUGGAAGAGCUCGCCACGAACGAUAGCCUCCGAACACGAGUCCAAGAGCUAUGGGUUGUACCGUCCUUGUUCGGGGGCUUUUAUGAAAUGGAUGUUGAUUCCUUCAGGUCCUGCACCGCUUCACAUAAAGACAGACCACCCAAGACUGCCACCCAGAUCAAUGCUCAGCACAUUGCAUACCAGAUUUUAGUGGUGGAUCAUCUCAGUAUCAUCGAAUCCGAUACUCUCAAUAACGUCCUCAAAGAAUGCAUGGCACGCUUUGAAAAUCUCACUGCCAUUAGAAUGCAACUCAAGGACUCGGACUUUUUCUGGAGUUCAAAUCCGAUUAUAAAAGAUGAUGUCCAGUUUCUCGGCUGGCGUGGGGUAAAACGCCAGCUUGGGUUUGAUCCAUUCGGAUUGAACGCCAGGAAACCCAUACACAACCUCUGGAAGAGCAGGGCGAAGGAUCAUGCUAUAGCUUUUACGGCUCUCCUAGAGGCAUCAGUUGCGUCUAAUAGGAAACUCAAGAAGUUAGACAUAUGCAACGAUGACCACUGUGCUCUGCCACCUUCGGAUGUUACGCUCAAACUUACACACAAAUCCCUACUUUCCUGCCUGGGAGGGUUAGAAUAUCUGCACCUCUGUAUCUGCGUCUGGGAAGCACAGUCAGAUGAUUCUGCGCUCAGAUAUCUCAUUGAUAUUCCUAUAACAGUUGCACCAAGUCUCAAGGUCCUAACAUUCUCACAAUGGGAUCGGAAUGGUGCAAUGAGCCCUCGCUAUUUCAUCGACCUCUCCCAGCGUAUCAACUUUACCCAGCUAGUGAAACUUAAUCUCUAUUGGAUUGAAAUUACGUAUGAUACUUUCAAGGUAUUUCUGCGCACCGCAAUGCCUACUUUGAGGAUUCUUGCUCUACAGUCCUUGAAUUUGAGGGGUGCGGCCCCAAUGGACACCGACAGUGGUCAUAAUUUGUUGAAAUGGGAUUCUCCAGAGAUAAAUGAGGAGAGCAGUGCUGCUUGGCGACAGGUUUGGGAUUUUCUCGGAGACGGAUUCUCGCUACGGUCUCUUUCCUUGCAACACCUCGGUUAUCGAGGCCAUCGUCUACAUUUGCGCGAUGAUCUGAGCAGUCUGAGUGGAUCAUCCGAGCCGAAUGGACCGAUAAUCGUUGCCUUCGAUGCUGAGCGAGCUGGUGUUUCUUUUAAGGAAUGGGUCACUCAGCUACAGACAGGGCCACCACGGGGACCACGGAUACGUUAUGAUAGUUUGCCAGGGAAAGAUUAUACUGCUCACAUGGUUUAA